CCCCCCCCCCCCCAGAAAGAUGAAGACCCAGCAGCAGCAGCUCCACGUGGCCACCCCCCUGAGACAGAGCCUGGCCCUCAGCAAAGCCGCCGGCACGUCCGUUUACCUCAAGCUGGACUCCUCUCAGCCCACGGGGUCCUUUAAGAUCCGGGGCAUCGGACACCUCUGCAAAACCUGGGCGGAGCGAGGAUGCGAGCGCUUCGUCUGCUGUUCAGGAGGAAACGCCGGCAUGGCGGCAGCGUACUCGGCCCGCGAGCUCGGCGUCCCCGCAACCAUCGUCGUUCCAGGAGUUACACCGAGCCCGACGGUGGAGAGGCUGAAGGACGAGGGCGCCACCGUCAUCGUCCACGGCAAGGCUCUGGUAGAAACCAUGCGUAGGACAGCAGCUCGUAGCGAACCACCCGGCUGGAUCUUCAUCUCUCCCUUCGACGACCCCUCAUCUGGGAGGGCCACACGUCUCUGUGGCCGAGCUGGAGAAGGAGCUGACGGAGAGCCCGCGCGGUGGUGCUGUCCUGGUUGGGGGGUGGGGCUGCUGAACGGUGGUGGUGGGGGGCUGAGCACGGCCCACGCGUGAUUGUGCGGCCCCGUGGUCGCCAUGGAAACGCUGGGAGCACACAGCCUCAACGCCGCCGUGACGGCCGGCGAGCUGGUCACGCUGCCGGAGAUCACCAGGUGAGAC